AUGGCAACAAGAAGUCGACGAAGUGCAGGAAGUAAUGAUUCUUUAAACCCAGCAAUGAUACAGCUAUAUGAUACCGGAAGAUUACGUCGAGAACUGAAGCAGAGAGGACUUGAUACAACAGGAACCAGGAAUGUACUUGCUGAUAGAUUGCAGGAAGCAGUUCUUUCGGAACGCAACAGUCGACAAGCAUAUUCUCCGCCACCGGCACCAGAAAAACCUGUCAAAAGAGGAACAAGAAGGCCGCUGAAGGAGGUAAUUUUGUUUUUGAAAAUCAAAGAUCUUUACUGCCAUUAUGGUUUUGUAGCCGUUUUUUGGGCCAAUUUAAAAAGCAAGAAACAGACUAUUCGGAGAUGUUUGGUUAGAUGUAGGACGAAGAAAAUGAAAAUGAGACUGGAUUGGAUUCGGAACCUAUCAUCUCUCCAAAAAGCAAAAAAAGGUCGACAUAGCGAGGAAAUUGAUGAGAUCAGUUUGAUAGAAGAAUCUUUUUCUAUCGAGCUUUCGAAUAUAUCCGCAAUUGAUGAAAUACAGAUGGAAGCAGAAAAGGCUUUCGUACCACACUGCGUGUCCGAUACUACUACAGUUCACGGAGAACCAUUUCAUAUGCUAGAAGUUGAAAAAACUUUAACAUCGAAUGAAGAAACAAAAUCUAAAAUGGAGUUGGUCCCGUCCGAAAAACUGAAGACACCUCCAGAUGAAAGCAAACAUCGGGAACCGAAACACGGAAAGAAGGUUACGGAAAGAGUGAUAGUUGACGGAGAACUGACUAGCUCCAGUGAUGAUGAAGAAUUAAGAUGGCUUUAUAGAACAAGAAGGGGCAAGAAACCUCGGAGAGCUUUACUUGAAGAAAGACAUACAUUUACUGACAGCAAUAGCAAAAACGAGAAUGAAACAGAUGAAAUAACAGAAGCUUCUGCUGUGAAAUUGAUUUCUGAGGAGGGUCAAAUAAGUGAAAAGGAAGAUGAGAGAAGUAUUCGAGAACAGAGUUCGAAGUCAUCUUCAGAAUCGUCAAAAACGACAAACUUUGUCAGUGUGAAUGAGAAACCAAUCAAAGCUUUGAUUCAGAAAGGUUCAAUCAAAAUUAAGUUCAAAACUAAUCUUUUAAAAACCACAACUGAAAGGACGUCGGAAUUGAAACAGAAGGAACUCCUACCUGGUUCCACCAGUUUAAUCGCAAAAGACGGAAAAGUGAAUGCUGAUGUGACACUGGUCACUGCUUCGCAAGUGGAAAAAACGAAGCGUGCAUUCACUCCACCACUAUCUUCACCAAAUACUGAGAAAUCAAAAGACCAAAUUUCCCGCAAAAAAAUUCCGUUAAGGAUGCAAGCACCUGUUGAUGUACUAGAUACUAUUUUCGACAAACAGGCCCAACUUUUGUCAAGCAAGUAUAAGACAGAACAAGAAAGAGCUCUUGAAAGACAGAAGCUGGAGAUGGAAAAACGUCGUCAGAACGCGAUUCCCCCGGUAGUUUCAUUAUCCACUACAUCCUCUACAGGACAAGAGAAGCGCAGACAUGUUGAUUUUAUCGUUCCUUCUAAAUCAUCAUCAGACCAACAUAUCUUACAACAAUAUUCCGGCUGGUCAACACCACCGGAUCUCCGUUCUCAUCUCCCGUCAUCAUCGCAUAUUCAGGAAAAUGCUAGUAUAGACGAAAAACGCUUGUUGGCACAGUUACCACCACCUCCACCACCACCACCGCUACUAUCUUGCUCUAAAAAAACGUCGAUGCCAUCUACGUCAAGUGCAAUUUUCGAAAACACACUGGAAAUAGAACAUUCGAAGGAUGAGGGUAUCGAGGAAAACAUAGUAUCAUUGAUGACUCCAGCAACUCCGUGUUCAAGCGAUUCUUCAUUAUCCAUCAGGACUCCUCCUUCAAUUCCUUGUUACAAGAGCCCGUCAGAAACCUUGAUUGAACCUUUGCAUUCAAUUGAAGCAUCUACUUCAAGUACUGCUUCAAUUACGAAAAUUGAUUCCGAAAGAAUAAAAGAAAUGGCUUCCGCUUUACAAGCCGUAUUUGCUCGUCUAGGUAAUGUUCCACCGCCUCCAGCUGCUCCUCAACUUAGUGCAAACGAAAAUAAUGCAGUGGGAAAGGCAAGCAUAUUUAUGAUCUCAGAUCCUGCUAUAUCGGAGGAAAAUCCUUCCAGUAACGAGCCGCAUAUGAUCAAUAAAUUGGGUAAAAUUAAAAGUGGACCAGGACAUGUCGAUAUGAUAUCUGGGACUUCAGUGAUUUGUGUCACCAAUAAUGAAUUAGCACGUCCAGCGUGCGUUACACAGGGGACAUCUUCAGCACCGAACAAUAUGAUUCUGGAAAGCGACACUUCAACUCCAUUACAGCCAAUAUUGAAUCUGAGUGAUAGCACUCAUUUCGUUGAAGAAUUUGCAUCUCGUUUGCCAGCAGAAAUUACAAAUGACUUCGAUGGAGAGGUUGUUGCAUCCAUUGUCGAAGAAAUCAUAUGUGCCACAGUGAAUGGUGGACUUUCGAUAUGCAACAGUCAUCCCGAUGACAGGAAUAAAAAAACAGAGGAGCUGGAGAGAAAACCAGAUAUAUCGGAAGAUUUGUUGCGAGAUCCAAGACGCUUACUUCAGAAAGCAAGUGAUGUGCUAAAAAGUUUACAGUCAAUGGAAAUAGCAGCAGAGCAAGCGUCGGCAGAAAAACAAAAUCAACAGCAGUACGAACAGUUACCAUUGGACGAAAAGUAUGAGGAAGAUGAUAAUGAAGACAAACCAUUGCCUGAUUUUCAUGGAGAACCGGUGCCUGAUUCUGAUGAUGAGAUUAUAAUCGAAGGUGUAACUCGGAAAAGAACCACCAAAAAGAAUGCAAUACAGGAAGAAGAACCAGUACCCGGCGAUGAACAAGUUGAAGUUGAUUUCUACAAUGCGGAUUUAAACGUUAAAGCAAGUGAGACAUGUCAAGAAAUCAUCGAUCCAGAUAACGGUGAUGGCUUUGCUCUUAUGUGGGGUGGAGCCAGGUCGACAUAUGGCAUUCAAAUUCCUUCAGAUGUAGCUGGUUUUCCUACUGUUAUAUUUCAAAUUAAGCUGUUGGACUGUUUGCCAAUCAAACAUCUACCAUUCGAAGAGAUAGAUGCUCAUAAUGUUCGCGUUGGAUGGUCGACUCUGAAUUCUACAAAUAUUCUAGGAGAAGCACCCCAUUCUUAUGCAUAUGAUUUAUUGGCAAAAAAAGCUACAAAUAACUUUUUCACAGAUUAUGGUGAGCCUUGUCAAGUUGGGGACGUUAUAACUUCAUGUUUGGAUUUGGCAUCAGGCAAAAUACAUUUCUGGAAGAAUGUAGAAUAUUUGGGAGUGGCUUUUUCCGAAGUCCAUUUUAACGAAAACGACAUCGUUUUCCCUCACAUUUGCACCAAGAAUUACAAACUCUCGGUAAACUACGGUGACAGUCAGUGUGAGGGAUGGAUGUCAAUCACAGAACUUCUGAAGGAUGGAGCAUUAAAUAUUGGUACCUCACCCAUUUACUUCAGCAAAUUAGAUCGGACAGUACUUGUUCGCGGUUCAAUUCCACCAUCAAGCAAAAGUGAAUGCACGGUUCUGAUGAUGGUAGGUUUGCCGGGAGUUGGCAAAACAACCUGGGUGAGACAAUAUCUUCGUGAGCAUCCGCAAGAACAGUGGACUUUAUUGAGUACUGACACAAUACUUGCAGCAAUGAAAGUUAAUGGAGUACCAAGGAGUAGGGUCCAUCAGGGUCGAUGGGAUAUGAUAAUGGGACUUAUUGCUAAAGCACUCAAUCGUUCCUUGCAUUUAGCGUGUAGGCGACGCAGAAAUUAUAUCAUUGACCAAACUAACGUUUCAAAAGAUGCAAGAAGACGAAAGCUAUCCCAGUUCAAAGAUUUUCAACGCAAAUGUGUUGUUAUAAUUCCAUCUGAAGAGGAAAUGAUUGCCCGACAAAUGAGGCAGUCGCGUAUGGAUGGAGCUGGACCAAUACCCGUAGAAGCAAUGUUGGAACUUAAAGCGAUGUUAUCAAUACCAAAUGUUGAGGUGGAACCGAUUGAAGAUGUUUUCUUCGUAGAACCACCACUGGAACGGAUUGAAGCGAAGAAUAAGCAGAAGAAGCCGAUAACUUUCGAAGAGGAGAGCAGAAAAAACCUCCCCCCGGAUUUGGGACCCAGAUUAUAUAUGUUAAGAAAUGGGAGUGGUUUACAUGAAGAAUUCAAGUAUCGGAAACACACCGGAGAUGGUACAAAGCAGUAUCGGAAACACACCGGAGAUGGUACAAGCCUGUUUAAUCUUGUUAUAAUGCUUGUACCAAGCAUUAUAACAAGAUUAAACAGAAUGAUUGACAUGGGAAAUUAA